AGGUACCCCAAUUUCACUAUCAAUUGAAUUUGACGCCACGUUAUUAAUCUUCGUCACAUGACAACGGUCUUUCAAUGCACUGUCUGUAAUCCCAUAGGUCUGCAAUUUCUGGAUCAGUCUUUUCCUAUCAAUAGACUCAAGUGCACGUUGAAGGUCGAUGAAUACACUUAACACAAUAUUCCCGUCAUGAAUGUAUGAACGCCAUUUCGGACUUACCUCCAGAAACUCCCGUAACUGCGCACAAACCACAGUUUCCAAAAUUUUGUCUAUCACUGAUAACAAAUUAAUGGGUCGGUAUUCAGCUGGUUUAUUUGGGUUGGACAUUUUUGGAAUAGGCACUAUAACCCUAGUUUUUAUUGGAGCUAUUCCUGUUGUAAGGGAUGAAUUGAUCAGGUGGAGCAAAGGGUAUCCGAGUACACAAAAAGCAGUUUUUUAAAAACUUAACAUUACAAAUAUCAUCAGCUGUUGACCUGUUUUUAAGUCCCAUUACCCUUUUAUUGAGUUGAUCAAUGCUUAUAGUGUUAAAGCUUG